CAAUCAAAUUGAUACUAUCUGAUACCAAGCUUCAGCCUCAAAAUGGGAAACAGAUUGCUUUUCGUUCUUGUAGCAUUGGCUCUUGUUACGGUGCCAAAAAAUGUAAAUGCUCAGAACUGCGGGUGUGCUGAAGGGUUAUGCUGCAGCCAGUAUGGGUACUGUGGUACUGGUACAGAAUACUGUGGCACAGGGUGUCAGCAGGGUAAUUGUACCACAUCAAGUCCCCCAAGCAACAACGUUAAUGUUGCUGACAUCGUCACAGCCGAAUUUUUCAAUGGCAUAAUCGAUCAAGCUGAUUCUGGUUGUGUUGGCAAGAACUUUUACACACGAGAUGCUUUCCUCCGUGCUCUCGAUUCCUACACUGACUUUGGCAGAGUUGGUUCCGAGGACGACUCCAAACGCGAGAUUGCAGCUGCUUUUGCUCAUUUCACACAUGAAACUGGACAUUUUUGUUACAUCGAAGAGAUUGACGGUGCAAGCAAGGACUACUGCGACGAGGAAUCGAUUGCACAGUAUCCAUGUUCUUCCAGCAGAGGGUACCACGGUCGUGGUCCGAUCCAAUUGUCGUGGAACUUCAACUACGGACCAGCAGGGGAGGCCAACAACUUCGACGGAUUGGGCGCUCCGGAAACAGUGUCGAACGAUGUUGUGGUGUCUUUCAAGACAGCAUUGUGGUACUGGAUGCAACACGUGCGGCCUGUCAUAAACCAGGGUUUCGGUGCAACCAUCAGAGCCAUCAAUGGUCAACUUGAGUGUGAUGGUGCCAACCCCUCUACUGUUCAGGCUCGCGUUAAUUACUACACAGAAUACUGCAGACAAUUGGCUGUGGACACUGGUGAUAAUCUUACUUGCUAAAUAAAAGAUACGAUUUUUAUUUGUAAUUUUUCCCCUUAAUAAAGAAUUGAAGGCUUUGUUUGUUGCCUCACUCUAUCUCAUUAUUAUUGUAAUCGCUCUUGUGGAGUAAAAUAAAAAUAACAUCCUUUUUGCUU